CUGUCUGCCGCUCCCUGUUAGCUGAACGGAGACGAAGGGCUGUUUUAUGUCUCAGUAACAGUUAAAAUACAAACUCCAAACGUGGUUAAUCUUAGAAAAAGUCUUAACACAGUGGCCAGGUAACGGUUAGUGCUCGCAGGUGUGUUUACUCUGACUGAAAAGGUGUUCCGGACCGUGAGUAACGUUAUUUCCCUUCCUCUUUGGUGUUUGUUCCUGUGGUCUGAAGAAGAUUAAAAAGAACUGCUCCGAUAAGAUGGCGGACUGUGUCACUAAGGUGGAGCUGAGUGUCUCUUGUUCUGACCUGCUGAAUAAAGAUGUCAGAUCAAAGUCUGAUCCUCUGUGCGUGCUGCUGCAGAGCUCAGGAGGAGACACCUGGACUGAGCUGGGUCGUACUGAGCGUGUAAAGAACUCCUGCAGCCCGUCCUUCAGUCAGCGACUCAGAGUGGAUUAUAACUUUGAGACGGUUCAGAACCUAAAGCUGGGUGUCUACGAUAUCGACAACACUAGCGCUGACCUCGGCGAUGAUGACUACCUGGGAGGGGUGGAGCUAACACUGGGACAGGUACAUACCAGAGCAACUAAUACCAGACUCACUGAAACAGGUUUAGUGGAAACAGAUGGCUAAACUCCUCCCUGCUCU